GGCUGGGCCAGAGCACCAGGAGCUCAGGGGACCGCCCUGCUAGCCGAGGACCUGGUAGGUGCAGUAGACGUGAGAAAUUCCUGAUUUGUAUAAGGUACCUGCCCAGAAAUCAUGGAUGGUUCAACAGCUGUAGCAGGUGCCAAAGAUCACUCUACUCUUGGAGAACAGCAAGACAAUGACCUAACUCUUGAAUAUUGGCAUCAAAAAUGGGAGAAGCACGAUAUUGGGUUUCAUCAAGAACAUGGAAAUGAGUUAUUAAAGAAACACAUGAAUACAUUUCUUAAUGGUGGAAGUGGACUCAGGGUAUUUUUCCCUCUUUGCGGAAAAGCAGUUGAAAUGAAAUGGUUUGCUGACCUUGGUCAUAGUGUAGUUGGAGUUGAAAUCAGUGAACUGGCCAUACGGGAAUUUUUUACUGAGCAGAACCUGUCUUACUCAGAAAAACCAGUUGCAGGAAUUUCAGGAGCUAAAGUAUUUAAGAGCUCAACAGGGAAUAUCACUUUAUACUGUUGCAGUAUUUUUGACCUUCCCAGGGCUGAUGUUGGCAAAUUUGACAGGAUUUGGGAUAGAGGAGCCUUGGUUGCUAUUAAUCCAGGUGACCGAGAAUGCUAUGCCAAUUUAAUGUUGUCUCUAUUGGAAAAAGGUUUUCACUAUCUCCUGUCUACUUUUUCAUAUGAUUCAACUAAAUUGCCAGGUCCACCAUUUUAUAUUACUGACAGUGAAGUUAAAAGUUUGUUUGGCUCAACAUGUAAUAUUCAGUGUCUUGAGAAGGCUGAUGCUUUAAAAGAAAAACAUAAAAAAUGGGGAAUUGAUUACUUUAUUGAGAUUUUACAUCUCUUUACAGAAAAAUAAAUGAAAAUCAAAGCUGCAUAAGAUUUGGUAACAUAUUCGAAAUCUCAUAUGUAUCUUUACCUCCUUCAGCUACUAAAAGUGACGUAGUGACAUGAAAAUGUAAUGGACAUCUUUGAAAGUUUUUCUUUAAGCUAUCAUUACAUACCACUUGUGGUAUCUAUUGGAAUAUGCAUGUAACUUCAAGAAAUUUGUAAGGGGCUAUUAUUUUAUUAUUCUCAUGAUGAUUCCAAUGUUGAAAUUAAAUAUUUUAAUUUGAGCAAAAUUACUCAUGCUACUUUUCUGCAUCCUCACUUCAUGACCUAACAAAAUCUAGUUCAAGCAGUUUUGUAUUUUAACCCAUUCAAUGUCUUUAUUGCUUGUAAAUUUUCAAAGAAAGUCUCAAUGCUUUAGAAAAAUUAAAUUUUUUUCUCUAAGUAA